GAAGAGUUUUAUGGAAAAGAAUUGAUCUUGGCUGACAGAGAAACAGUGGAACAAGAAGCAGAUAACAUUUUAAAAGACGCCGAUGUGUCUGAUGUCGCGUUUCUUGUAGUUGGCGAUCCUUUUGGGGCCACGACACACAGUGAUUUAGUACUACGUGCAGUAAGACUGGGGAUUCCAUACACGGUCAUUCAUAACGCUUCAAUAAUGAACGCAGUGGGCUGCUGUGGUUUACAGCUGUACCGUUUUGGAGAGACUGUUUCCAUAGUUUUCUGGACAGAUACAUGGAAGCCAGAAAGCUUUUUUGACAAGAUUGAGAAGAACAGGCAGAACGGAAUGCACACCUUGUGCUUACUUGAUAUUAAAGUGAAGGAGCAGUCUCUGGAGAAUCUAAUGAAAGGAAGGAAUAUUUACGAGCCCCCACGCUACAUGAGUGUGAAUCAAGCUGCAGAACAGCUUCUUGCCAUUAUUCAAACCAGGAGGCUCCAAGGAGAGGAAUCAGCAAUCACUGAAAACACCAUCUGCGUUGGUCUCGCACGUGUGGGUGCUCCGGAUCAGAAGAUUGCUUCAGGCACACUGGAGCAGAUGUCCACAGUAGAACUAGGUGGUCCACUGCAUUCCUUGAUUGUUACAGGCACUCUGCAUCCUCUGGAGUUAGAAAUGCUUCAGCUGUUUCCUGUGGCUGGCUCCAGUUUGGAACAGCAUGCAUGUCAAAGGACCACUUAAAUAAAAACAAGGCAUUUACAUUUU